GCAGUACUGCUGGUUGCCCCUUUGGCGAGGGUUGCCAUUUCCUCCAUUACUUCCCCGGUGGCCAGCAGGCUGUUGCAAAGAUGAGCAACCUGGGUGGCCAAGCAUUUGCACAUCCCCAAGGAAGAAUGCCCACAGGAUCUGCUGUUCCAGAUGGCCCCCCUACACCAACUGUCAAGACUAAAUUGUGCAACAAGUAUAACACUGCGGAGGGAUGCAAAUGGGGCGACAAGUGCCACUUUGCGCAUGGUGAGAGGGAGCUCGGCAAACACACGUUCAUCAACAAUUCCAUGCCACCCCAUAUGGGACCAAGGCCCACCGGUCACUUUGGACCUCCGGCAAUGCCGAGCCCUGCCAUGACCACCCCAGCAGGCUUCGGGGCUUCUUCCACAGCCAAGGUCAGUGUCGAUGCGUCCCUCGUAGGUGGCAUCAUCGGGCGGGAUGGAGUCAACACAAAGCAGAUAUCCCGAGUCACCGGGGCCAAGCUGGCCAUCCGGGACCACGAAUCAAACAAGGCCUUGAAAAACAUUGAGCUCGAGGGCACGUUUGAUCAGAUCAACAACGCCAGCGCCAUGCUCAGGGAGUUGUUCUUCAGGAUCAGCGGCGGCGCCAACACCCCUCCGCCGAGUGAGAACCUGGCCGGAGGAUAUCACCGCGGCGGCGCCGGUGGGCAGGGAAGGAACUUCAAGACCAAGCUGUGCGACAACUUCACGAAAGGAUCGUGCACGUUUGGCGACAGAUGCCACUUUGCCCACGGCGAAAACGAACUGCGCAAGUCGGCUGCCGCGUGA